CCGGAACACGCUGCCUCGGGUAUGCUGGGAGAUGUAGUUCCGGUUGCCUGCACCAGACUCUCCGUUGGGCCCGGUUGCAGAGCAAGGUGGUUGGUAAUAAUUCAAAGCAGUUCCCUGCACAAUGUCGAUCACACUGAGAUGGAUGCAAAUGCUAGAACCAGGAAUCUACAGAUUUUGUGCACCUCUCCUACAAUCAGCCAUCCAGCACCAAACAGGGCAUCUCUUCCUGAACAACUGCAGGCAAUGCAAGGCCCUCUGCCUAACAUCGAGUCGACUGCUUGCCACCAAGAAGACCAAAGUGAAAACUAAAGGACAACCAGGACCCCGGGUGAACAUCAACGCUGCUUUGGUGGAGGACAUUAUCAACCUCAACGAAUUCAAACAAGAUUUGUUGGAAAUUGUCGAGAAUCUCAAAGAUGAUUACGGGAAAAAUCUAAAUAUAAGAACCUCUCCAGGUGCUUUAGAUCAUAUAACUGUUACAACUAGCGAAGGAAAAAUUCCAUUAAACCAUUUGGGACAAGUGUCCAUGAAAUCACCUCAACUCAUCUUGGUUAAUAUGACCAGUUACCCUGAGACAACGGUGGCCGUCACCCAGGCCAUAAGGGAAAGUGGAAUGAACCUGAACCCUGAAGUGGAUGGGACUCUGAUCAGGGUGCCAAUUCCUAAGGUGACCAGGGAGCACAGGGAAAAUCUCACCAAACUCGCGAAGCAGAUCACAAAUAAGUCAAAAGAAUCUCUGCGGAAACUGCGCACUAAUGCCAUUGCACAAGUAAAGAAAUCAAAGGAGUCUGUUUCUGAAGAUACAAUCAGGCUGCUGGAAAAACAGAUUCAACAGAUGGUAGAAGACAUUGCUGCCGACAUGGACAAACAUCUUGUGGCCAAAACGAAAGAGCUGCUGGGAUGACCGGAAUUGGGAAUCCUGUAUCACACCACAUUGCACGAUGAUUGUUGAAGAUACAUUGUCGCCCGAUGCAUCUGAAUGUAUUUUCUUCUUGAGUUGGCGCUGCUUAGAACUGAAGAAAAUGCAGUUGACAAUUCCAACCGAUAUGCAUCAGUAACUUCAUUCUGUGCAGCAGAAUAAUUCAAUUUAAGCAAUGUGAAUUGUCAUUUUAUCUCUUUAAUUAUGUGAGGGUUUUUUUUUCAGGCCAGCCAUCAGAAAUCGAGACUGUUAAAAUAAAUAGUUGCACUUUUUUCACAAAAUUCUCUUCCUGUAAUCCAUAAAAUACGUGGGUUGACGUAUUUCUUAAAUCAUAAAACGUAUUGGGUUGCACACACAUGCUUCCUAAAUAUUGGCAUGGAACAGGUGGCUUAGGAAAUAAACACGAACAACAUUUGACUGUAUUUAAUGCUCAGCAUGAAAAUUAUGUCCCUUUUAAAUAAAUAUUCCAGUGUUGUGAAGUA